AUGGCUUCCAUUGACUACGACGUGAUUAUUGUCGGGGCCGGUCCGGUUGGGCUUUUCCUCGCCUGCGAGCUCCGACUCGCUGGGUUAACCGUCCUCCUCCUUGAAAGAAGGACGGGCAAUGAAGGUAUGGCCGAGACUCGUGCGUUUGUCAUGCAUGCUCGCUCUUUGGAGAUUUUCGCAGCGCGCGGUCUUCUCGACCAGUUCCUCCAAGCAGGGCAGAAGACCAGUUGGUGGCACUACGGCGUUCUCGACACCCGGCUCGAUUAUAGAGUCUUUGGGCCGGAGACUGAUGCGAAUUAUGUCUUGCUAGUUCCGCAGUAUCGGACGGAGGAGAUCUUCCGUCACCGCGCAGAAGAGCUCGGAGCGGUGCUUGUGGAAGGAGUCAAGGUGCAAUCGAUUAAUCCAACCGAUCACAGCGUCACCGUGACGGGAGUCUACAACACCUCGGAGAAAAAUGGUGAGCUCUUCACUGCAACUGGUAGAUACCUUGUGGGGGCAGACGGCGUUCGCAGUACAAUCCGCGAGCUCGCCCAGAUCGAUUUUGUUGGCAACCCACCCAUCAAUACCGUCAUGAGCGGCGAGGCCACACUGGGAGUCCCCAUGCCCAACCCAUACAUCGUGCACAACAAGAACGGCCUGGUGAUCGCUGCAGACCUAAACGUACCCAGCGGCAGAACAAGGCUCAACGUUUUUGUCAGCUCCCAGGCAACGAUCCCGGAGUCUGUCCCGGUCACGCUCGAGGAGUUGAGCGAGGGCCUGCGCACGAUCACUGGCGUGGAUUACAAACUCUCCAAUCCCUGUAUGCUGAAGCGAUUCAGUAAUGAACAGCGACUGGCCAGCAGAUACCAGAACGGCAGAGUCUUCAUUGUUGGAGAUGCUUGUCAUAAGCAUCUUCCAGCCGGGGGGCAGGGACUGAACGUCGGUCUUCAAGAAGCGUUCAACCUAGGAUGGAAGCUUGGAGCAGUUAUUCGUUAUUCGGCGCCUAGCUCAUUGCUGCACACAUACGAAGAUGAGCGACUGCCAGCUGCGAAAGCUGUCGUGCAGAACACCACUUCGCAGUCUCUCCUUUUCUUCGCUUCCACCGGCCCGGAAUGGGCGGUCAGAAAUGCGAUGGAAAAGCUCCUGCGCGUACCUGAAGCCAAUAGAGAGUUGGCUUUGGAGAUCAGCGGCUUUGCUGUUUCAUAUCCUAAACCAUUGGAUAUGUUGCGCCCCGAUGGAUGGCAAACCCUGCCAAAGAGCAUGCAGGGGAUGCGAGCUCUCGAUGUCAAAAUACAGACACCGGAUGGAGUAGUGACGAGACUCUCGGAGCAUUUGAGGUGCGGUCGCUGGGUCCAGUUGAUGCUCCCUGGGACGCCAAGGCACUCACAAUCGAUUCCAGCAUUUAGCGAUCGGACCGUGGUGGUGGAGGUUGCGGACAUGCCGGAUACGGAGGCAAGAGUCGGUCUUUACUCUGGGGAUUUCAGUGGGAUCCUGGUGCGCCCAGAUGGAUUUCUUGCAUUUGGUCCGCUUGAUUAUAAAGUAGAGUAUUAG